UGUCUUUACUCGGUUAUCCCAUAGCUUCCCUUGAGUCCUGCAUUACCUUACAAGAAUACCCCACAGAAUGACCGCUCUUCGAAACCAAAGAUGCCAAGGGACGAGCUUGAAAAGAGGAAGAAUGAAAGCGUUCCAAAAUCAGAAGGAAACGAAGAGGAUGGCAAUCAAUCCAAUGGAAAUGCUGGAAGACGCGUGACGGGGGAGGAGUAUGACACUUUGGAUGAGGUCGAGAACAUCGAGACCGACCCGGAGGAGUUCCUAGAAGCACCUAAUGGCUAUAACCACAAAGAGAAGGGAAGGAUUAAAGAAAGAUGUAAUGGCUAUAAAGGGCGGGUCAAAAAGGGGACUGACAAGACUAAAAUUGAGAAUCAUGGAAAUGUAGAUACCAUAGGCGUUGACUUGGCUAAGGGCCCUAUUGUCACCGAUGUGUCUGUUCCAUGUGAUAUGCCAAAACCCAGGGAAGAGGGGACGCUCGAGCACGCCUCAGCCUUUCUAGGCCAAAUUCAAAAGCACAGCCAUUUAAAAGAAAGGGACGCUGAAAACCAGACUUGUAAACAUUUACCGAUCACUGGAUUUUUAGAUGUGUCGAAUCAGCAGUAUAAUCUUGUGGAGACUGUAGAUAUUGACAAAGCUCCGGCACUUGAAGGUGUGGAGGAUGAGGAAAAAGAGGAGAGGGAUGGGAAUUGUUGUUGGAUGUGCAAGGAGGAUAAAAAGGUAGCGGAAGCUAUUACAAGGAGUGAAGAGCACGCAUAUAACGAUGAAAAGAAGGGCUAUUUUAAUGUCAUUGCGAAAGCGCCUGCAAAAGCCCACUUUCUAGAUUAUGAACCCAAGACACCGAAAAUUCUGCUUGAAAAAGAUUGCUUAGAUGACGCUAAAGUGAGUAAUUGUCUACCACUGGGGAGCAGUAGUACUGCUUUGGAGCAUGGCUCGGACUCCUUUUUAGAUGAUUUAAAUAAAAAAUCAAAUGAAAGAAAUGAACAGCUUGGUCAUGUUCCCAUGACACCAGAUAAACAUAAGCAGAAUUCAAUGAUAGAAAACGACUGCUUCUCGGAUAAAACCUUUAAAGACCGGCAUUAUAGUAGUGGCGAUGAAAAGGAUGACAAUAUCUUCUGGGAUUCAGGUGCGAAAAAGGCGAAUUUUGUCAAUGACCACUUUUCCAGGCUGCACCUCCUAGAUACAAAAUCUGAGAAGUUGGAAGGGUCUCCUGUAGAAGAUAAAAUAAACAGCGAGGACGAUAAUGCACUUUGGAAUAAUAGAAUUACAAGAAUUCCUGAAGAAAAUCCCCAAAACUCAGGAGACAUAGGAAAGUCACCUCCUGAUGAGGAACAACUUAAUGUUGCUGAUGUCGCAGAGGAGACUUCCGAUGAGUCAAAGAGGUUUAGCAAAAGUGAUGCCGAAUAUGACCCUCAAGGCAAUUUGAAGCAUUCCACGGAAAAUAAACUAACUCUCUACUAUAAAUCUGACCGAAUCAGCAGCCCAUGCCACGUCACAGUUUCUGAGAUAGAAGAACCUGGAGCACCAACAUCUGAAGUAAUGCUCUCGCCAAACAACAGCCCAUUUUUAACUAGAGGGAAUCUGAAGGAAAAGGACUACGCUAUCAGGGAUACGGGUGAUGUAAGUGUUACAUCGCAGUUAGGUGGAUCAACAAAUAACGAUUAUAUCCGUGGCUGUUGCGUAGAACAUGUGCCUAGGGAAGAGACCUCAUCCACAAAUGACCUUGCAAGUAGUAGUUGUGAAAAUCCUUUGUGUAAUAAUGAGAGGGAGAUCUCCUUACCCAAAGAUCCAGAGAUCAAGAGCGGCAGCAGUUGUGAACAAGAGGACUGCAUCAAUAGACUUCCAUGUUGGGAAACACAUUCAGGUGCUGCGGCUAACCGUAUUUCUGGACUAGAGAAAGCAAUUAAUGUCAGUGGCGAGCAACAAGAUCCUGUAUCGUCCACAAGCCAUGUCAGCAUUAGCAAUUUUCAUGACUCUUGUAGUGAGGAUUCUAGCGAGUCAGACAACUCUUCUAUGACAAGACACGCUGAUAUCGAGAAGUCUAUCAGUAGUUGCGCAGAAAUUGGGAAACGAAAGAAAUCACGAAGCCCGAAGCAGAGUGCCAGUCCUCGAGCAAAGAGGCAGGAUUACUCGACGAGUAGCGAGGAAAGUGAACCCCCAUGUUAUCUCUUCUACAAAGAGAGAGACUCGUCCAAAAUAUUAAUAGAUCACCUAAAUGACUUUGGUGGUACAGAAAUUGAGAAAACGACACCUAUUGUAGCGAAAAGUAACAUAGAUAAGCGGCAACAAAAGGUAACUACCUAUAAAUUGGAGAUUAAAGUCCAGAGUCCAGAUUGUGAUGUUUACAGGAAUAGCGAGGAGGUCAAAGGUAUUCUAACAGCCACCAAGGAAGGAGAUGGAGACAGGCAGUCUUCAAGUAGGUCGACGCAGCCUGAAACUAAACGCGGCCGACGAAACAAAGAUGCAAGAAAAGAGACGCGUAGUGAUAAGAGUGGUAAGAAGGGCGGAGAUGCUGGAGAUGAUCCUUCAGACCCUGACGAAGAGAAGGACGAAUCUGAAGAAGACCAAGAAAGAAAACGCCAUAACAAGAAAGCAGCCCUUGACAGGUUGCUGCUAGUGUCGGAGAAGAUUUUGAACGAAGAGCUGCGACAUGCUGUAAGCGCUGUUACUCUUCACAUCCAAGAGUCAAAGGAUGGCAAAAGAAACGUUUUCGAAGGUUCAUGGAAGGAAGAGGCAUCACAGACCGAUGACGAAGGUAGCAUUGAUCAACUUCAAAAAAUUGUGCGAUCUCGCGACCAUGAGAUCAAGUUACUGAAAAAGCUCUUGGAGGACUGCAGAUGUGAUUAUGAAGAAUUGCAGAGAAGCUUUGAUAGGUACAGCAGCGAGUUCCGAGAAGUAGACAAGAACAGAGAGUUGAUCGCAUCCCUUACGAGACAGCUCGAUGCGAAGAAUAGAGAUAUCAAAGAUCUCAAAGAAACAGUCGUAAAAUUUAAACGCAGGAUUUCACAGAUUCAGGUGGACAUUGAUAUCUUGAUGAACGAAAAGACGGAACUAGCCAAACAAAUUGAUAAGCAGGUGUCUCUGUCUCUCUCUGAAUCGUCAGACAAGCAGCACUCGAUGAACGAAAAAGAAAAAUAUGUCAUGCCCCCACUAUUACGCAAGAGCUCAAGUACAGGAGACGCUUGCAUUCUUAAGGCUGAAGAACAGAACCAGCAACUUCUCGCCAACAUCUCAAUCAUGGAAACAAAUCUCAAAAAGGCAAAGAGUGAAGGGAAAAAGUGUGCAUUCAAGUUGUCCAAACUCAUCAAGGCGGAUAAACAAAAACAAGACUGUAUCAAAGAGCUUGAAGGCAAAGUGAAAGCGCUGGAGUCAAAUUGCGAAACUAUCCCUAUUACAAUUGUUCUUGGUGAGCUGAGAGCAAUUCAAGCUGAGAUUUCAAAGGCAAUUAGUGAGGUCACUGAAAAUGAUAAUAAAGAAAAUGUAUCGAUAAUGAAUGAGCUAAAGAAGAAUGUAGAAGAACCCGAGCGCUUCCACAAUCAAAGGGGCAUUGAUCACGAAACAGAUUUCCGUAAGAUGGUUCGGGCAGUCUUUGCAAUUAUUGAAGACUUGAAGGAGCGCAUAAAAUCAGUAAAGGAAAAUACCUCAAUUUCCACCGAGGUUCUGUUUAAUAAAGAGAUGGAGAAGAAGAUUGAGGAGCUGGAGGGAAUGAGAGAGGAAUACGACUCCCUUCUCAUGGACGAGAAAGCCAAGGCAGAAGCUCUGGAAUUUAUGAUUACUGCUUCGAACAAAGAAAAUGAGAAACUUAGGGCACUGGACGAGGGAUUAGAAAAGGACGUGUCCCGUCUUCAAGGAGAGCUUAAAAGGACAACCUCCUUUAAGGAUAGAGAGUUGAACAACUUGAAAAGAGACUUGGAAAAGAAAGAUAAUCGUCUGGAACAGCUGACAAUGGAGUCUGAAGAGAUGCAUAGAAGUGCAAGUUCCUUGAAGGCCAUUGUCGACAAGCUUAAGGAGCGACUCGCAGAGAGUGAGGAUAGAGUAGACGCCUGUUCGUCUUACAUCGAGGACUUGGAGAAAGAAAUUAAACGGCUUCAAAAACAGAUAAAAAAAGGGAAAAUGAGACACCAGCAAACCAAGGAACUCGAUCCAUUGUCUUUGGAUAAAGUAAAAAAUCUCCGCGAUGGCCUUGACGAGAAGAUCACAUGUUUGAGUGAUGUUCUUAAAAGUUUCGACGUCUACUCGACUAAAACAGAAGAGAUCCGUCUACACCCCUGCUCUCCUAUGCUUGACCGUGGCAUGAAAAUUCUUUGCGACUCAUCUGGCUUGUUGAACGCCAUUAGUGAGCAAAUUAACAAGACAAACGUUCACUACUCUGAAUCUGAUCGCAUCGAGCAUGAUUCCCAACUCGACUUAGUAGCAGAUCUAGAAGCUCAGGUGAAAGCUUUGAAACAACAAAAUGAUCUUCUUAAAGCUGAAAAAGAAACAUUGUUUGAAAGUUUCAAAAGCGGCCAAGAUGAAUUAUCUGCCGGUGAUUUGAAGGCUCGACUCGGGAUGUGUACUAAAGAGCUGAAAAAAGUACAGGACAGCUCAAAUGAGAUUCACAAAGAGAAUCAAGGCCUGAGAGAGGAACUGAAGAUGGCCAAAAGGCACAUUGAAAGCCUAAAGUCGACGUUGAUUCAGGUUGAACAGCAGGCCGCAGUACAAGAAGGUGAUGCAAUUCUAGAGUUAAAGGCAUGUUAUGAACAUAUUCGAGGACUGCAACAAAACCUAAAUAAAAUGGGCACUGUCGAAAAGAACCUUAAAGAGCAUUCAUCAGCCAGUGAACAUAGGAACAUUGCUUUGGAAGCGGAGCGAACAGGAUCCCAAGAAAGAUUGAAUGACUUGAUUUCCCAGAAUGAUAAAUUGAAUCUGGCACUGAAAGCUUUGGAGAACGAGAAGAACGAAAUAGAGCAGGAGCUCCAAGCCCUUAAAAAUAAUUCUGAUAAGAAGAAGAUUGAUGGAGAAGAGGAGAGUUUAGAUCGAUUUAGUGAGAGCAUCAGUAAGCUUCGACAAGCAGAACAUGAUCUAGAGGAAAAGCUUGAAGUGUUCCAAGGCCUUCUCGACAAUGUCAAGUCAGAAAUAAGACAAUCAAAUAAGGAGGUAGACACGUCCUCGGAUUGUACUCCAGAGAAAGACGAAUAUCAUGAAAGAACUGAAUCGGAACUGGAGCUAAAAGGUAAAGUCAAGGUUUUGCUGGAAAAAGUUGAACAGCUCGAGUUUGAAAAAGCCGAUCGUGAUCAGAAGAUUCAGACCUUACUGGAGUCUGUUGCAAUAAAUGAGGAGCUAAGGCAUUGUCUCACAGAAAAGGACAAUGCCGAACAAAAACUGAAAAAGACGAUCCAGCAGGCCAACUCAGAGCACAUUUUACACACGGCUAACUUGAUGGAGUCAGAGAGCUUUGAAAGGAAAAUGAACGAGUUGGAUGAGCGGAUUAAAGAGAGAAAUGCAGUUGCCGAAGAGCUUUCAGCUCAUAAAGCUGAGCUCCUGACAAAACUCAACAAACUGGAGGGUGCCAACAAGGAGUUACAGGACCAGCUACUAACAAGCAAAGGUUAUUCGAAGGAAGAAAACAAGAAAUCAAAGGAUGUUCUGCAAAUGCUUCAUUCCAGUGAGGAAGCUAAACUGCGGACUGCAAUCAGCGAUAUGGAAGCUGUAAUCCAUCAAGUGAACGAAGAAAGGAAGCAGGCAAAGAAAGAGAUGGAAGCCAUGAAAGAGACAAGAAUCACCCGGACGAUCCCCGAAAGCAUCACGUCAGACUAUGAAAAGCAUUGCGCUAAAGAGAAUCAGCUACGACGUCAGAUUCAAGCGCUAAAUACCAGAAUUACAGGUCUCUCGAGAAAAGAGGAAAAUAAAACUGAAGACGAUUCCUCUCAAGAGAAACAAGCACUUACUAAAGAAUCUUUACUUGAAGAGAUCACCCAUGUGACGAAAAAUCCUGAAUUCUUUGAGAAGGAGAAAAUCUUACAAGAUCAGAUCACUUCUCUGAAAUCUCAGAUAGCCUGCAUUGUCUCAGAGAAAAAGAAGCUUGAGACUGAAAAUCAGAACAUUUAUCUCGAGAGGGAAAUGCUGUCUAAAGGGUCCAAGGAAAAGAUCGAAGAGCUCAGUACACAACUCGAGCACGUGUUAGGCAGGGAGGAAACACUUCGCGUUGAAAUAAAAACGCUGAAUUCGCAGAUAACUCAGCUGACGGAGGAAAAGGCGACCAGUUCCAUUGAUUUCCAACAACAACUACAGGAGAAGAUCAUUAACUCCAUCGAUACCCAUGGUGCCUUGCAAGAGCAAGCAAAGGCGCUUACAAAGGAGGUUUGUAAACUGGUCGAGGAGAACACCAAGCUGAAAAGUGAGAAUAGUCAGUUGAAGCUUGAAAACGAGAAUAUUAAAGUGCUUAGAGGACUGGUUGACGAUCUGAAAAAGGAAGUGGCCAGGCUGAAAAGUCUAGAAGCGGACAGCACGCUUCUUGAGGCAGAAAUCAAUCAGCUUCGCCUCCAGUCCACCGCAGCUUCGGAUGAACAUACUGCAAAAAUCGAUCAUCUCCUGAAAAAUGUGACCGAGCACAUGGAGCGCGAGCGGAGCCUGUAUGAGCAAGUCAGCUCCCUGAAACGACAACUGCGAGAUAGUAAGUCGGACUUGAUUAAGUACGAGCAGGAAAUCAGUAAUCAGACGCGCUUACAGACGGAUACAUACAGAAAGCAAGCAGAGGAGCUAAUGAGAGUUACCAAGCUGGCAGAUUCAUUCAUGAGUAGUGAAAAGGCCCUGAAGGCCGACCUUGACUUGAUGAAUGUAAAGGUAAAUACCCUAGAGACGGAAAAGACUUUACUGGAGAAUGAGAUGGAGAAGACUCAAGCCAAGAACAAAAAGAGCUUGAAAUCAAAAGAGAGAAAGAUUCGUGAGCUUGGGGAAGACUUGGCAAGACAGAGCGCGCGAGAAAAGGAUCUUGUCUCACAGGUGAUGACUCUGAAGAAGAUUGUCAAUAAGUGUACAGAAGAGAAGAACACCACAUGGAAGGAUUGUCAGGGCCUUAGAUGCCAGAUCGCGCUCAUGUCAAGACAAUCUAUGCAAACAAUCAAAGAACUCCAAUCUGAGCUUAGGAGGUUUGAGGAGCUCUGCAAGGAGAGACAGCAUCAGUUAAGAGAAAGCAGUAGUAAAAUCGAAAAAUUAACCGAAGAGAAGCUGACCGCUGAGAACAAAGCACAGGGAUUACAGGUGGAGCUAAAGACGAACUUACAACGGCACGAGGAAAAGGCCCAGUCACUAAAUGAGAUGAUUAAGAAGGAGAUUGAUAAGAGACAGGAGUUGGUCAAUGAGAUGCAGGUUGUUAAAAAAAAGCUUAACGACAGUGAGCGCCUGUUGCAGGAAAAAGAUGCAGAGAACAAGCGGAAAGAAAUGGACGCCGCGUUAGAAGCCGAGAGGACUCGUGGCACCAUCGAAGAGCUGAGCCUUCAACUGAAAAAUAGCAUUCAAAUCGAGGAAGAUAUGAAACGUCAGAUAGAAGAGAUGGAAGGAAGGCUUGCUCAGCUCACCAUAGACAAGGAGAAAGGAGCCAAAGAAAGGGAAGGUCUUAUGAAGAUGUACAAUAACUGUCAGAAAAGAUUGGUAAUGAUAGAAGACGCCAUGAAAGAGAAAGACGUGAAGAUGUUAGGCUAUAGACAGGCGCUGGAUCAGCUGCAUGGGCAGCUCUUGGAUGCACGCGAGGAAAGACAACGAGCCGAGCAGAUCCUGGAGAGUCGAUACAGUACUAUGCUACAGGAGAGAGAAGCAAGAGUCCAACUACUGGAAUACCAGGCUAUUGAUACGAAUCGAACCGUGCAUGAAUACAAAAAGCGUCUGGAGAGUCUCGCAUUAAAACAGCGAUUCGACGAAGAGAAAGCCAGGGACAAGGACAUUGAGGCAAACCUUGCACAUGAAGUAAACAAUCAAAGACGGGCGGCGAAUAUGCUCUACGAUUCACUUGACCAAUCAGAGCAGAGAGUUCACAACCUGUUUAACAGUCAGCAAUACCUUUUGAAACUGAGGGCAACAGAGAGUGAUCUUGAGCGCGUCUGUUCCUGUACUCCACAUGCGCUCGGACGUGAAAGACCAAACACCGGCCUCGGCGAUGACGUCAUGGAUCGCGUGAAGUACCCGUAUGUACUUGAUAGCCUCUCGUGGCCCAGAGCACCUUUAAGAAAUUGUUAUCUGAAUAAUGAGCUGGAUUCCGGUCUUUCCAAGUAUCACCGGCCGCCUUAGGUUAUGGACUGGCAACAUCUUGCUCCAUGUUCAGGAACAAAAGAUUAAAUUAUCUAUGUUCAAAUGACUGUUAUUUAUGUAAAAUGUUUCAAACUGAUCUGACCCUAGUCUGCUUAGCCUUUAAACAGAUGCGAGGGUGGUACCUGAGUUCUGUGUACUUAUCAUAUUUAUUUGUAAAAUCUAUUAUUAAAAAGAAUACACAUUCUUAAA